AUGUCUGACACUGGAUUCACCGCUCUGGCGACCCGAAGAAGCUCUUCAGCUGUCAAGGCUCUUCCUCCCACCACUCGACAUGAUGGCUCUUCGUCUCCCUCACAGCUGGCAACACAGUUCAGUGAUGGUGCAGUCGGCUCUGAAUCGCAGCCCUCCACUCGUCCACGUUUGCAGUCCCCAAGGCUGGACAGCUGUCGCCAACUGGCCAUAUUCAUUCGUGGAGUUGACGAGACUUUAACUGUCACAGAGGAGUUUCUUGAGUUGGUGCCUAUGACCGACACCACAACUGCUGAGGACAUUUUCUCCUCGGUCGUUGGAGCGCUGGAUAGAGUCGGGGUGGACUGGUCUCGCGCCGUAAGCCUGGCUACAGAUGUGCUGAUUUCAAACAUUCAUCCUGUACACACUCAAGGCAAGCCCAAAUUAACUGUAAAGCCCCAGAGUUCAGUGUUCACUGGAGACACAGUUACUCUGAUCUGUGAUGAAGGACGGUCAACUGGACAGAAAAUUUACUGGCUCAAAAACUUUAAGAGAAUAAAAGCUGGUUCUGCAACAGAAACACUGAGAGAAGUGAGAGUCUCUGAUAGAGGAAGAUAUGCGUGUACUGUAGAUAGAAAGACCACACAAAGCCAAGGAGUCAUGCUAACAGUAAGAGAGAGACCCAAGCCUGUAGUGCGUGUCCAGCCGGAUGGACGUGUGUCCAGAGGACAGACAGUCACUCUCUCGUGUGACAUACAGCAGACAGACGUCAUCAGCUGGAGCUACAGCUGGAAUAAAGAUGAUUCAGAGAUUCAUGUCAGUCAGUCUCAGGAAUACCGAAUCAGUUCUGUUGAUGAAUCUCACACAGGUAAUUACAGCUGCACUGGAAGAGAAACAGGAGGAUCACGAUACUCACACACCAGUGAUAAAGUUACACUCACCGUAUCAGGUGAGAGUCUUUAUAUCUGUUCACAUCAUUCUGACAACAUGAGCAGAAAUGUCUGUAAAUAA